AUGCUGAUCCCGACUUCCGCUCUGUGGGACUUAGGGUAUCUCUUAUGUAUCUGUGGCUCCAUCUGCAUUAUUAUCCUAACUAUCUGGCAAGUGAAAGAGAGUUACCAUGGAUUAACGGAACAUGAAAGGAGCUGCUGCCCGAGUCACCGAAAAGUCAGACAAGGGGCUAGAGAUGCAGCGUCAAGAGCUAGGAGACUUUCCCAGGAAGAAGCUGAGAAGCCGUGGGAGCUGCUUUCUGUCAUGAGAAGCCAGGGCUGGCUUCCUCAAGAGGGGAGUGUGCGGCAGCUCCUGUGUGAAGAUCCCUGCUGCCAAACCUGCAACGGCAUGGCUCUGGAGAUUCAGCAGGUGCUGGCAGAUGAGAAUACCCCGGUCUCCCCGACUUCAGGGGGGCCAGCACAGGGUUCCUCUUGCCUAGAGGUUUUGUCCAAGCCUAAAGUGUCUUUCCAGGAAAGUAUGGAGCAUCGUUCCCCACACUCCAAAGGCCCUUCGCUUCCAUCUGCAAACCUCACAGUGUCACAGAAAUCCUUGGAACUGACGGUGGCCCAGUCAACUGGUACAGCUGGCAUCUGUGAUUGCUGGGCUGAACACCUCAAGCUAAGGCAGGGAUUUCAAAUGCCAGAGGUUCCCAGGGGCCCAGAGACUAUGCUUUCUUCAAGAUCUGAGGAGCCAAGGGUUUCAGUGAACCUGCCGGAGAUAAUCCAGAGCCACCCCAACCUUGUCUAUGGGAACCAAGGCCAGCAGCCCUUGAAUUCCCAGGUCUCUGUGCUGACCCUGAAUCAAGAAAUCACAGCUUUAACACAUCCUACGGCCUUAAGCAUGGUCACUGUCCUCCCUGCCCACCUGCCGUUCCUUAGUCCUGAAGUCCUGAGGCUUCUUGAGGUACAUGUAAGAAGACUGAUGCAUUUCCAGAGGUGGGGGCUCCCCAGACGUGUGGAAGAGUCCCUGAGGCAGCUUAUGCCAAACCCACCACUAUUUUGCCACCCGGUACAUAAUCAACCAGUUUCUUUCAUCCAAAAUGAUAUUUCUCCAUUCUCUGUUGAGAAAUUUGGGACCAUUUCAUACCAGAACUGGGGCUCAUGUAUAGCUGGCCAACCCACCCAGGCCUUCUGGGUUUCUGAAUGGUCCAUUAUGGACCCAGAACAAAGACACUACUACCAGCAAAUCCCAAACCAUACAACUCUAGCCUCACCCUAUGUAGCUCUUAAAGAAUUAAGUGACCUUUAUCUAAUGCCUGGGCAACAGGCUAGUGAUUCAGGGGGCCCUGUGCAGCUGAAAUACAGUCAGCUAUUCUGUGGCCUCCCUUCUCUGCACAGUGAGUCCCUGGUUGACACCUUCUUGGGUUAUCAAGGCCUCUCCAUGAAUGGGAGCAUGUCCAAGCACCCCUUGAAGGAUCCUUUUCUCUUCAAGGAGCACUCCUGCUUCCCUCUGAUACCUAAAACUCUGCCCCAGUCAGCUCUACCCUUUUCUCCAUCUUCCCCAAAUUGGACAGCUCCACCUGAGCACCAACAAACUCAGAUCAGUAGCCCCUUGCUGACUCUGGACGAAUGUGAAGCCUUGGAGUGGCACCUGCUGCGGAGGCAGCUCCAGCUUCAGUGGGACUUUCCAGAUGUUUUCAAAAGAGAUCAGCACACUGAGAGCCCCAUGCAGUGUAAGCCCGCUGACCAAGCCCAGUCUUCUGAGACUGUAAAAACUUCCUGGCCAGGUCAGCCUGUCUCCACCAUCACAAAGGAACUAUUCUUCCCAGAGCAUGCCAGGAGGCUGCUGGAAUUCCACCUCCAGAGACAGUUGGUUCGUGAUCACUGGAGCCUGCCCUGGAAAAUCCAGCAGUCCAUCCAGUUGCUCCUGCCCCCCGCUGGCCAGCAGACUCUGUCCUGGAGCAGCAUAGCCCUGGACAAUGUGAAUGUCCCCCAACCUACAGCUCUAGAGGGCUCUGGGGUUGGCAACCCACUCCCAGCCAUUAAGGACCCAGUGUCAGCCCCUAUGCCACACGUGAUUGACCAGGCCAAGGCAAUUCUGCAGAGCCAUGUUGACUCCAAAUGUGAGAAGAUUCACCAGGGCAAGGUUCCUGUCUACAUACGUGGCUCUUGUGAGUUCAGAAUUCCUGGGGGCCUGCAAGUAGCUCCCGUCACCUGCAUCCCAGAAAGCAAGCCCCUGGAACUACAGGCAGCAGAUGACCUGGACAAACGACAGGAAGUUACACCCUGGAUGCCAGCGGCCCUUGACCAGCAGCAACAAGCCUCAUCAGAUGCUCUCAUUAAACAUCCUAAGUUGCCCUGGGCCCUGUCUCAGGGAGCCAUUGAGAAACUGAAGACAACUUUACAGCACAAGUAUCUGGCCUUCUUGUCAGGGCUGCCUGCUCUUUAUUAUGUGGCUCUCUCCAGAGCUAUGGCUCCAGCAAUCACCUCCCCAGCUAUGAAGACAGAGGUGGUGCCUGAACCUGUCCAAUUCCCAACAGUACCUCCGACUCAGGUGCCCUCACCUGAAGAGCAGGGUCUGAGUCCUGGGCCAGGCUUUCAAGAUGGCAAUGAGGCUUGUACAGAUGCUGCAGAUGAAUUCCAGGCUGAAGUGCAGACGGAAGGAAUAAUCAAGAUGGUGCCUCGAGAAAGCCAGACAGGGCCUGCGAGGCCCUACUCACUCAGGGAACCCAUCUUGACUAAACUAAAUUUCCAUCUGAGAAAGAAGAUCUUAGAGAUACAACUGGGAAUUCCCCUAAAGGCAAGGGAGUCCAGAGAACUAACUGUAGCAAAGCCAAAGAACAUGUGCACAAAGGAGUCUCCUGGGAAUCUAGACAACCAAGGAAAACUACCACUCCAGGAUCUCCCCGUUCCACCAGAUAUGCCACAUUCCCCAGAUGCAGAAUGGCUCCACCUCACAGAAGAGCUAGCCACAGAGUUAAAGACAGUGCAUCAGAAACAGAAGCAAUGUCAUUUCAGCGCAGCACACCGUGACUCUGUCCACUGGGCCGCCCAGAUCUCAGAGUCCAGUGGGGACACAACACAGGGCAAGGCCCGGGCACUCUAUGUUCAGCUAGAAGCCAGUGUGGACGGCCCCAGCCUGGAGGAGCCCUGGGGCUCUGAGCCCCACAGGCCUGGCAAGAGCAAGGGCUCAGCCCAUGUUCCCAUACUGGCAGAAAGGAGAAAGAAACCAGGCAAACCCAAACCAGUUGGGGACCGCGGAGAAGGGGAUGCAAGCUUCACACUCUCCUCCACAAGAGAAGAAAGCCACUCAACUGAAGCACAGAGGCCAGAAGGGCUGCUCCUGAGCAGGACACCCCACAGCUCCUGUCGCCAGAGACGUCAUUUUCACCGUGAUGCUCCGUGCCAGCAGAGUCCUCAGCAUCAACCUCAGCUUAAAUUCCCAGAGCUACCUCCUGGAGUCCCCGAGGGGAAAGACUCUGAGAAUGACCGGCGAGCCAGUCAAGCCAAGCUCAACGUCAUCCUCAAACCAGCAAGAGUUCCUGAGAAUGCCCAGCCUGUGGUGCCCCAGGGGUCACAGGGCCAGCCUUUCUUGGGCCAACUCACUCCAGGUAACCCAUUGUGGGGCCACACUUUACAUGGUCAGGUGUUGCAGGGGCCAGUGAUGCCAGGCUAUACUCACCAGAGGCCCAGUCUUCCAGAUUCUGGCUUUAGAAAUAAGAUGAAAUCCUUUUUGCGCUGUAUUAACCUCAAAACAAAAGGCAAAGGGCAUAAGGAAUCCAUGUCCUCCACCUCUGAGAAAAUGGCUAACACAAGAAAAGUAAAUGUAGCCAAGAGCCUGGCUCCAGCCAAAAGUCCCAAGGAGAGAACUAAAACAGAGAAGACAAGAGGGGACCUGAAGGCCCAAUUUCCACCCCCUGAGAAGCAGACAGGCCUGGCCCUCAUGGACAUACCCCGGUCCCCGGACAGCAAGCUCCGGCACCGCUCCCACUCGCAUCGACUCCACUCAGCCUCUGUCCUGAGCACCCCCCACCACUGCCCUCGGCACGGCCCUUGA